CCCUCUUGCAGCCUGGUGUGCUGGGUAGCAGCACAUCUUCGGCAAUCGGCAUAGUCUUCUUCGGCGUGGUACGACUGGUCUCCCUUUGCAGCGCCUCAGCCCACGCUCAUUCGGCCGUCUGACCGGUAUCUAACUAGUUGCUUCCAGCCCAGGAACCCGAUAUGUUAUGUAUAGCAGUCAAUCACCGGUGAUAAUAGGGUUCGACGCCGCAAUUCUUCGAGGUGAUGCUGGAACGAGCGGCCGGAUGUCUUGAAAACGCGGGACGACGUUUCUUUCGAGAUUCAAAUGGUGCCAUUCGAAGUCGAAGAUCGUUCUAUACUAGUCUUGUGCAAUACCCUGCGACCAAUCUGGAAUUCCAUCAUGGCUCUUCGACCAUCCAAUCGCCGCAAAGACCCGUGCCCAACGAUUCGAACGCCACUCCGCAAUUCAACGAUACACGAACGCCACCCCCAGUACUCGAUUUCUUGUAUCCGCUUUCGACCCAGGAAUUCGCAGCCUCCUGCCUCUAUCGUGUUCAAAAACGGCUCGUCCCGCGUCGAAGGAGAAGGACGCCCCCUGGCUUGACGAGGAGAACCUAUAGAUCGCGAGCUUCCGAGCUUGAAGAAGAGGAUACGAGGAGAACCGAUACAUCGCAAGCUCGGGAUCUUGAAGCCGAGGAUCUUGAAGCCGAGGAUCUAGAAGCCGAGGAUCUCGAAGCCGAGGAUCUCGAAGCUGAAGAGGACUUUUUCGACGCGGCGCAAAGUGAUCAAAGUCCUGGUCAGAAAGCAAAGAAGAAAGCUUCUAAUAGGUUCCUCGACCCCGCUACUCAAGAGGAAUAUGAGGCCUACGAUGGUGCAUGGUCUCGUUAUGUCGCUGCUGGUCAUCCUACACAAGUCAAUGCGGCUCUCAUAGCGUUCCUUAGAGAUUCAAAUAGGCAUGUGGAUCAUAAACGUGCUAGAAGAGUGUUAAAUUGGAUUCCUCUUGAGUCACGAUCUGAAGAAGACUACUUGAACAUAGUCAAAUCAGCUCUAGCCACCAACAAACUGCCCGAGGCGGAAGAUCUCUGUGCAGAAGCCAUACAUUAUGGCAUUGGCAUGAAAUGUUGGGCUUUUCUCCUGGCUCACUAUGCGAGUUCCUCGCAGUGGGAUUGGGUGCAGGCAUUCUGGGACCUCGGGUCAUCAUUCGCGGAGAAUGACCGCACUCAAACAUGGAGCGCCCUCGUUUCGAAUUUGAAUAUGUCCACUCUCGAGGACCCGUUGACUGGCUUGGCAGACUAUAUACAAGAGCAGACAGCGAGCACUUCACUACAUGAUCUUGCUCGCUUUUUGCUUGACAAUGCUUGUACCAGCCAAGCAUUCGUCGAGCAAUCUUCGGUCGACGGUAUCUUGCUAGUUUUGCAAAAAUACAACAACCUUGACAUGCUCAAGCCUGCACAUUAUAUCAAACUUCUCAACACAAUCCGGACAACCGAGAACCGACAGAUAUUUGUCCGCGCUAUCGUGAUAUAUCGGAACUUUCGAUGGAGGAUGGAUGGCCACGCGCCGUCAGCAAAACUUCUGGGCCAUCUGGUGAGGCGCCUUGCCUCUUUGGAGAUCACGGCUGGGCUUUUGUACUUUCUUGAUGAAUUCACCCAUUUUUAUGGAAAGCCAACCUUGGACGCUUAUAAGCAUGCGCUCGUUGCUUUCUCCAAAGUUGGUGACGUUGACAACGUCAAUGAUAUUUUUGACAAAAUGGUAUCCCACCAUGGCAAGCCCCAAAGCCGAAGGCUGGUGACUCCUCUUCUUUACGUUCAUGCAAGAGUCGGUAACGUGCGAGAAACGUUGCGUCAAUUCAAUCGCAUCCCUGAGGAGUUCGGUCUUCGCCUCAAUACAGUCUGCUGGAAUGUUCUGCUUACAGCCUAUGCCAACGCUGAGGACUUGAGUGGGUGUUUCAAGCUCUUGAGGGAUAUGUUCGACCAGGGCAUGGAACCGAGCUCGCAUACUUUUGGUAUUGUGAUGGGUCUCUGUGCCAACCGAGGCGACGUUCAGGGUGUCCGUGACUUGCUCGAUUUAGCAAAACAAAAUCACGUACAGAUAACGGCUCCUUUGAUCGACACUAUUGUAGAAGCGCACUGUCAGAACCAAGAGUUUGAAGAGGCGGAAAGGGUUGCGCAGACGUGCCUUGGAUUGGACGUUACAGGCUCGCGUGUCAGAAUGUGGAACGUCUUACUGUGGAACUACGCUUUCAGAAUGGACUUGGAGGCGAUUUCUCGGAUUCGCUCGCUCAUGGAUGAAGCCGCCUUGCUCCCAGAUAGCAUGACCUAUGCUGCUCUCAUGCUCAGUCUAGUGCUCAUUGGUCAAACGGAAAAUGCCCGUCGCAUCCUGAGAAAGCUUCAUCGCAACAAUCGCGUAUAUGCCACCGAAUUUCAUUAUGCAAUCAUCCUGUAUGGGUACGUGAAGAAGAGGAACCGAGAUAUGGUACAUGUGAUCUUCAAUGAAAUUCAGAAGCGAUUUGGAGAGGCUGGUCUUGCCUCAAGGCUCCUCGUUCUCAAGAGUCAACUGCGGCGAGAUUUGCAAUUGAUCACCGCUGGUGGUGGUGGCGCUGCCGGCGCAUAUACUCGUUUGGAAAACGCAGAGAAGUUCCUCAAGGAGACCAUCUCAGAGUUCCACACUAACAAGACGGCGACAAAGGCUCCUGUGCUGGGCGCUGGCAGAAUGUCUGCUAAACAGGCGUUCCCUACCGCAUACUACGAACACAUGAUGAAUGCCUAUGGUAGGCGCGGAGCUGCUGGGCGAGCUCGAGAGUUAUUCAACGAAUUCAUCCAGAGUCAACGCACAUCACCUGAUGAUGACGCUCUCGAGGUAGCCCCAGUUCGCCUACUAACAGCGCUGAUGCUCGCUCAUAUCAGAGGCAAUGAACCGGAAAUGGUCGAAGAAUAUUGGAACAUAGUUUUCCCACGCGCCAUUAAGAUGGCUAGUCGACCGAAUAUUGAAGCAUGGCUGUCCAAUCCCAGCAAUUCCGACAGCGUAUUGUUUCCGUCUAACAAGGACCUCGUCGUCAGCUCCGAAGCUCACAGUGAAUAUAAUGCAGACAAGAACAAUGCCGACACAGCAGAGACUGCGGGCUUCUCCAUUCUGUCUGCUCAUCGCUUCAUGCUCUCUCGGGCUCUUUCGUUAUUCAUGCGUUCUCUGGCUUACCGGGCUGAGGUUCAGAGAAUACCCCAAGUCAUCUUGGAAGUCGAAAGUGCAGGUUUCGCUUUAACCACCUACAACUGGUCUACUUACAUCCAAAUGCUUGCAUCCUCAUCCGAGCCGUCGGAUCAACUCGAGGCAUUCACCAUGUUCGAGCAUCGAUUCAUGCCUAACUUCCCUGGAUGGAAGUAUCUGCGCCGAGGAUUCGGUCUCAAGCCGCACGGUGUACCCUCUACCAUCGAUGUUGUGGAGUCAGGCCGUCCCAAACCUCCACACCUGCUUGGUAGAGAAGGCCGACGAUACUGGAGCAAGAUCCAGCCAGACUUCAUGCAGCCUACUUAUGUAUCAAUGGUGUAUCUGGCUGCUGCCUUGAAGGCGUUCCGAGAAAGAAGUGUCAACGAUGGACCCGCGGAACUCCAAGCUCUAUAUGAUCUCGCGCCGAAGACAGUCGAUGCGGUUGCUGAGAUUCCUUACCUUCGUGACAAGUUUCAAGGUGUCCUGCUCCGUGGUCGCGCACUGCGAACUGAUACUCCAGCGAACGAGCGUGAUGAGUUCGUAUGGACGGGAGGUAUUCUAGGAGCAGGCGGUCUCACGAGGACUUUCUCCAGAGAUUAUGAGCCGGUGGAUGAGGGACUUGCUGAUGAUACGUCGGCUACGGAAGCCGACGACCAGGCCGAAGAAGCUGCAGACUUCGAAGAGGCUAUUCCAGAUAUUGAGGAAUUCAGAAGCCUCUUCAUGAGAACACUGGAGAAGUCGGAUGAGUUUGACAUUGAAGUUGAAGCCCGCCUGAACAGGAGACGCAAAGGAACAGGUACCAAAGAAGAACUAGGGGACGAUGAACGGAACCAGUCUAUUGGCGAGGAAGAUAUCUACGAGGAAGAUGAGCUCGACGAAGAUGCCUCUGCAGAUGCCUCAGAGGAAGCUUCUGAAGAAGCUCCUAAGCAGCAUCCGGGUGAUCUCCCAACUGAAGACUUCUUCCAGGAACAGCCAGAGGAGUUACCAUCUGACGACUUUUUCCGAGAGCACCCAGAUGAGUUACCAUCCGAUGACUUUUUCCAGGAGCACCCAGAUGAGUUACCAUCCGACGACUUUUUCCGAGAGCACCCAGAUGAGUUACCAUCCGAUGACUUUUUCCAGGAAAAUCACGGGACCGAACUGAAAACUCGAUUGGGUACGACACGGGCAAGCUCGGAGAAGGGUCUUGGGGAAACUCAACAGGAGGCACCAGAGCAAACCUCUGAAGAGGUCCCCGCGGGGAUCCAGGAGGAGUUGCCAGAGGAGAUCUGGUCUGAGCCUCCGCCGUCCGAAGAUCUCUUUGAAGAAGAACAUUACGACGAAGCCCAAGCCAAGGCACAGAUGAAGGCUCAACCCGUGAGUUCUGAGCAGGAUACGGGCAAGCCCCAAGAGGCUCAAGUCCGAGUCAUUCAAGAGACUCGUGAUGAAGUUCAAGAGGGUCCAUCCGAAGACCACGAAGAGCAUCUUGGGGAGACGCGGGAAGUAACCCAAGAGGCUCAUGACGAAGCCCAGCAAGGUCUUGAAGUGAGGAACCCCAAAGAGAAAGACGGUCGGAAGUCUUAGGAAAAACUGGCCAAGAGCCCCGAGAAGAGGACCGGUAAUAAGUCGGGGCAGAUGUGUAGGAUAUAGGGGUAUUACGAUGUACAUAUAAGAACUUUCUCCUUGUAUAUUAUUCAUACAGACUUGUACAAGACUCUACUGCUC